GCCAUGAUGAAGACAGCUAAACUAUAAUGUCUUCAGCUACAUGACUCUCAGUGUUCUCUCUCACAGCUAAAAAAAUGUAUCAGUGAAAGUAGUAUAAUGUUAGCUGGUAUUUUUUAAGAGCCUGGAAAAGCUAUAGUGUGUAAGCUAAGGCAGAAGUUCUAAAGUUUAAAGCUAAGAUAUUCUACUGAAGCAACGGAUAAAGCUAUACCGUGAAAGCUAAGACACUUGAUCUGGACCAUCAUCAAAAGCUAAGAUACUCCAGUUUAGCUGAAUAUCGCAAUGUAUACCAGCUUUGCCGUCAUCACCCUCCUGCCGGUGAUGUGGACAUGUGGGUGGCGUGGCGUGGGCGUGGAGGCGGCUCCUACACCCCUGCGCCUCACAGUGUCCACGCCAGAGGGCAAGAACCGUACCCUGGAGGUUAUGGCCGAUGACACGGGUCUUACUGCCGCAGGAGCUACCAAGGAAGAGCUCGAGGCUGUCUUGCUGCAUGCUGACGCCCAGGGAAUGAUAAAAGAAGCGGUAAUAAGAGGUCAACACAUCCCAAUCUACAUGAACGUUACCCCAGUGGUCGAUAACCUCUUUGCUCUUAGGACCUUCGACGGUAGAGACUUUCUGAUCUCCGACAAGAAUUACACCAAUGCCUCCCUCAGUGACUUCAUCGAUGACCCCACCCUGAGGUUAGCUGAUGUACCGGUGACCUGGCCUCUACUUCCUGACCUGGGGGACGUCUCGCUCCAGGUCACCCUCACUUCCUCUCUCCAAUAUACCUCAAUUACCGUCAACAACAAGGAGAUAAUGAGGGAAGGUAACUACACCAGGACCACCUCGAUGACUGGAUGGGUAACGGUGCCUCCUUACUCUGGGUGCUACCUGAGAGUCAUUAACCCCUACACUGGACAGGUGACACUGGCUCGCUACUUCAACACCAUCGAUCAUCUAUUGGAUCAAGAGUUAACUCGUACCUUGGCUGACCUGAAGGAGGGGAGGUUGGCUCUCCUUGUCUCCUACUACGAUGCCUCAGCCCGCCUAGGUACCAAAGCCAGAUCAAUGUUACACCGUCUGGGAUCAUGGGCGGCACCACACCUCAAGUUCCGUGAUUGCUGGGCGUGGGUGUGGCGUGCGGGUGGUGAGACACUGGCUGAAGCCUUAGUGACCAAUCCUCGGGGUUCCUUCACUCUCCCACGCCCACUAAACCUACAGGUGCUCCUCCAUGCUCCUCAUCCUGCAGGUAGACUAUGCACCACCUGGCACUCUGGUGAACAUUGGCAGAAGCGUCACCACUUUUGUGAUCUCUACGACGGAUACGCUGGCCUGUGUUCUUGUACUGACCCCGCGCCCGCCCCACCAACACCCAUCUUAAGAGAGAGUUGGUGGCGGGAAAACAUCGCCAUAGUGAUGUUGGCGGGCCCUCGACCUCACUACUUGUACAGACUCCUGCAACAACUGUUAACUCAACCAGGUGUCACCCCCGACUUGGUAAUGGUGUCAGUGGACGGCCCAGAGGAGGAGACUAUCAAGCUGGCGGAGAUCUUCGGCCUCCGCUACGUCGUCCACACCAGAGAGGGCACGGAAACUUCCUCCAGGAUCUCCAGACACUUGAGGUUUGCGCUGUUCAAGGCCUUGGAAGCGUUUGAAGACGUGGACAAGUUCAUCAUUCUCGAGGAGGACCUUAUACUGGCUCCUGACUUCUACUCGUUCAUGCAGCAGACGUCAGUACUGCUGGAGGAGGAGGCUGCCUGGCUGUAUGGGGUGUCAGCUUUCUCCCACCUGAGUUCCUCCCACACGGCCAAUGACCUGACCCGCCUCCUGAGGGUGACGUCCUUCCCCUCCUGCGGCUGGAUGACCACUACCGCCUUCCUCCAACAGACACUACCCAAGUGGCCUCCCGUGCACGUGACAGGUGACUGGGACUUCUGGAUGGGGACGGAGGUGGUGCGGCAAGGUCGUGAACUACUACUGCCGGAGAUAUCGAGAACGGCUCACGGGGGUACUACCGGCUCCCACACGGGCGGGUCCAUAGCCAGGUGGUAUAACAGCCAACCCCUCUCAUCCCUCCCCCAUACAUCUCUCAACCUGACGGCAGUGAGGAAAGAGAUCUAUGAGAAGAAUUUAAUCCGUGAAUUAAGCCUGGCUCGCCCCCUGGAUGUGUCCGACCCCUUCUACCUCAACCCACCCCCCUACCAGCCAGGUAAGGUAUGGUUGAUCCGCGUCAGGAUGCAGCACGUAGAGGACAGUUUUGCCUUCAGGAUAAUCGCCCAGGCUCUAGGGGUUUGGUCUGCCGACGCUCGCGAUCAUCAUUUUGGGCUGUGGCGAAUCCCAUUUUACAACUCUGUCAUCUUUAUUGUGGGCGUCCCUUACUCCAGGUACAGUUCACUGGUAGAGGGCGUUGGUCGGGUACUCCACUCGACCCCUGCCCUCCACGAUAGUCUCCUACAGAAUAGUGAGGACGAGGAGGAUAUGGUCUUCGCUCUACACGAUCCUCAAGACUUCUACGAGAUCCUGGGCCUCCAGCUGACCGACAAGAGAUAAGGAGGAAGUUGAGAGAGUAAUAAAUCUUGGUUCACAAAAAUGAGUAAAUUUGGAUCAUGAAUCUGCAGUACUUUCUUGGUGUGAUGGUGAUGAUGAAAGUGUAUGGAAUAAUGGUAGUAUGGUGAUAGUCAGGGGAAGGAAAUGGUGAUGGUGAAAUGAGAAAGGGGUGAUGGCAGUAUGGUGAUGGUAAGGGAGGAAAGGAAAUGGUGAUGGCAGUAUGGUGUGAGCAAGGAAGGGGUGAUGGUAAUAUGGUGAUGGGAAGGAAGGGGUGAUGGUAAGGGGGGAGA